UGCACUCACAUAUAGACGACGGUAAGUCCAUGACUAGAAUGGAAGAGCUGAGCAGUGAGCAGGAGGAGCUGAGCCUGGAGCUCACCCUCCGCCCAAUGGCGCCGGAGGCCCGCGUCGGCUUCUUCCUCUGCGUGUACUGCAACCGCAAGUUCAUCACCUCGCAGGCGCUCGGCGGCCACCAGAACGCGCAUAAGCACGAGCGCAGCGUCGCCAGACGCUGCCGUCGGCAGACCGCCGCCACUGGGGAGGGUUUACCGGCUGCGACGCAGGACGAGAGUCUGCCCUGGCCCAGGUACGGCACCGUUCUCGUGUCUGCAGCUGGGACGGCUGCUGCUGCUGGCAAGGCGCACAAGCACGGCAGGAGCCGGUCGGAGCACGGCACCGUGGACGACGUCGACUUGUCUCUCCGUCUAUGAUCGGUCUGGAAAUUGGUCACCGUAAUCACUAGUUGACCGGCAAGCAUCCCCUAGCUCUUUCUGUUUCG